UCCAUAAAGGAUACGUGAUAUUUCAGGAGUGAAGUUUUGUUAAUCGCUUUUGGAUGCCUUGGUUACAUAAACGCCACAUGUGUCAUAAGUUUAUGAACGUUUAUUUUUAAUCCAAUGUGACCUGGAUAAAUAGUGUUCAGUGAAUAUAGUGAAAAGUUUUUGUUCAAAGUUGACAUUAUACUUCUACGAACGGAUGCAGUUUAUUUUUGGGUUUCAAUACUUUCAAUGAACUUGCCAAUAUUGUGUACGUUUUACGGACGUGAGGAAGUGAAAUUGUGAAUUCCAAAAUACUAAACCAGAGUUCGGGAAACUUAUGAGGACUGGCGGGGCGAGCCAACCGCAGUAGAAAUCGCCAGAUUUAGGAAUUCCAAAGAGACGCAACUGUGGUUUUCCAGAACUCUUUAAAGUGUUAAUUUUUUCGGUGACCUGCAGAACCGCAAUUGUACCUCUAAAGAGCCAUAUGCCAAGCUGCGGUUUUACAAAAGCCUCUUAUGAUUUGAGAAGUCAUAACUGAUACGACCUACUACCUCAACCUUUGCCUCAUGGGCAGCUAUGGGCACCCAUGGACAGUGACGGCCGCCUCGUGUUCUGGAAGGGAGGGGUGUGGGAGGGGGGAGCUCCCACUCUGAACUGCAACACCUGCAAGAAACGAAGAGCUGAUAGGAUGAGCGCUAAUGAGCGGCCUCCGGGUGAGUUGAAGAAGCUCUCGGAGGAGAGUCUCACUCGGCAGCCGGAGGAGGUGUUCGACAUCAUCUGCAAGCUUGGAGAGGGGUCCUAUGGAAGCGUUUACAAGGCCCUCCACAAAGAAAGCGGUCAGGUCCUCGCCAUCAAGCAAGUCCCAGUGGACACGGACCUGCAGGAGAUCAUCAAGGAGAUCAGCAUCAUGCAGCAGUGCGACAGUCCUUACGUUGUCAAAUACUAUGGCAGCUACUUCAAAAAUACCGACCUUUGGAUCGUAAUGGAAUACUGCGGUGCAGGCUCCGUCUCCGACAUCAUGAGGCUCCGCAAGAAGACCCUCUCAGAAGAUGAAAUAGCGACCAUACUGUGUGACACGCUUAAGGGCCUGGAGUACCUGCAUCGGCGACGCAAGAUCCACCGCGACAUCAAGGCGGGGAACAUACUCCUCAACACAGAGGGUCACGCCAAACUGGCUGACUUUGGAGUGGCUGGACAACUUACCGACACAAUGGCCAAACGCAACACAGUAAUCGGCACACCGUUCUGGAUGGCGCCGGAAGUGAUUCAGGAGAUCGGCUACGACUGCGUGGCCGACAUCUGGUCUCUCGGCAUCACGGCGCUGGAGAUGGCGGAGGGCAAGCCGCCCUACGGCGACAUACACCCCAUGAGGGCCAUCUUCAUGAUACCGACCAAACCGCCGCCGUCCUUCAGAGAACCAGACCAAUGGUCGCCAGAAUUCAUCGAUUUCGUUACGCAGUGCCUUAUAAAGAAUCCGGAAGAAAGAGCCACAGCGGAGUACCUGCUAACACACGAGUUUAUUGGUAACGCGAAACACCCGUCAAUACUAAGCAGUAUGAUAGCCGAGGCGAGAGAAAUCCGAGAAACACAGGCCUUCAGGCAGCAACCCACCGUCACGCCGGACGGCAAAAUCAUUGCUGGCGCUGGCGAGGGCUAUGACGACGCAACAAUGAAGAAACGGGAUGAGGGCACUCUAGUGCCCACACGAGAUGGUACUGAACUGACACACGACCUGGGCACUAUGGUUAUUAAUGAGCCCGACGCGGACCUCGCCACCAUGAAACGCCACGACACAGACCCGAUGGACACUAACCGGCCGAAAUACCGUCCGCUGUUUCUCGAGCAUUUCGAGAAGAAGGAAGUGAAUCAUCUCAACAUUGGCACGGCUAAUGGCACGCUCACCGGCCCUUUAAGGCUACCUGGAGAUGACACCGUCAGGGCGGAAGGUAUAGUAGGCGAUGCGGGAGCCCUCGCCUUCCAACGCGCUUUAGUCGAAGACGGCAACAUGGAAUUCCUAACUUUCCUAUCGGUGUCGGAGCUAGAAGCCCGCAUGGAGAGCCUGGACUCCGAGAUGGAGGCCGAGAUCGAGCAACUCCGCGCGCGCUACAACCACAAGCGGCAACCCAUUCUUGACGCUAUCGACUUGAAGCGUAAGCGGCAACAAAAUUUCUAAUGUGUCAAACACACCUGGGUGUUAUAUAGACUGGUAUUUGAAAGUGUUGAGAUGUUGAAAGGAGAUGUAUACAUUGCGUCAUACAUAUAGUUGCUUACUUAAAAUUAAAGAUGGGAGCAGAUAUCGUAUCCCGCACGCGCUACAACCACAGGAGGCAACCGAUUCUUGACGCUAUCGACUUGAAGCGUAAGUGGCAACAGAACUUCUAGACAGGCUUUCGAUUUAGUACUUUAUGUCUUUAAAAUGACCUUAUAUUUGAGUGUCAAAACUGUUGAAAUGUACAGAUUGCGUCAAAAAUAUAGUCCCAUGUUAGAAAAAUGUUACAACGAUAUGAGGCAACUUAUACUUGACGCUAUUGACUUGAAGCGUAAGAGAACAGAACGAACGAGCAGAACGCUGACUGGUUCUAAGUCUGAACUGUCAAAUGAGUAAGUGGUAUGUGUCAAUACAAAUGUUAUAUUUGAGCUGAUCUUUGAAAUUGAUGGGCUUUUGAAAGGAUCGUUUGUUUGAGAUCGAAAUCUCAAAGAUGCGUAAACAACAAGAGAACUUACAUGUGUCAAGUUUACAAAGGGUUGUUGUUGAAAUGAUCUUAUGUCAGUUUUGAGUUGUUGAAAGGAGUUGUAAAAAUUGCACCAAACAUGUUGUCUCCUCUGAAAUUAGUUCACGGAUUCAUCAACCGUAAGCGACAGUAGCACUUCUAAUAAAAUUACCUCCAACGUUUCGAGGACGGCAUUAACUCCGUGUUCUCGCCGCACACCGAACGUCGAAGGUAAUUUUGAAGCUUGUACGUGAUUAAGUCCCAUUGAAGUAAAUAAUAAUGCGUGAAAAUCAGGAUUUCGAAUGAGUUAAUUACAGUUUGGUGCCGUGACCAGGAUUCAUAAAUUUAUUUGUGGAUAGAACAACACGUGUUAUCACUUUAAUAUAAUUAAUGAUUAGUAAUAAAAAACAAUGUCGGCGACUAAUAUGCAUUUUUCGUAAAAUGUAUGAAUUAUUUAUUCGUAUACUUGGUAUAAAAUGUAGCUACUUAUUUUUGCGCAAGUGCGUACAAAAAUCAUACGUCACGGUUCGCCCGCAGAUUUUAAUUUGUGACCCAAUAUGAAAGUCGAUAGAGACCUCAUACUAUACUAUGACAAGGUACAAAAUGGGUCCGAAAUUAAAAUCUUUGACUGUACAUCGAGUAGGUAAUUGGAGGUAAGUAAUAAAAAUAAAAAUUUACAGAUAGGUACAUAUCUAUGCCAUUUUACAAUUCUUUCUAAUUUCAGGUUAUCGUUUUGGUUUGAAAUGAUAUUACGGGCUCAAUGAAUUUACGAUUAUUAUAGGCAUUUGUUUCGCCUUUAUAUAUAUAUUUAAAAAAAACUAUUUUUUGAAUGAUCAUUUCUCUCGGUAUGCUUUGUAAGGACAAUAUGAUUUUUUUCUAUACUCGUGUCACAAUCUUAUGCUUAUUUGUGUUUGACGGCGCUAAAAUAUGAAAUAAGGUACUAUUUCUGUUUCACUUUCUCACAACUUUUGCGUGAGGAGCACAGCAAUAGUAUAGUGUUAUUUGACAAUAUCUGUAGAUAGCUUUUCCUUUCGGUCUAACUUCUAGUAUUUUUUAUUAUUUAUAAUAUAAACAUUACGAUGUACUAGCAGUUUUGCAUUUGUCAUUUUGUUAUUAAUUAAAAGUACUAAUUUAAUUACAGUUAUUCUAAGCACUAGUAUAAAUAUUUGUUUAUAUUAUUUAAAAUUUAGAAUAAUUUAAGUUUUUCUUUUUAUUUAAGUUCCUUUAUAUAUUUAGAUCUCAAACGAUUUUUUCUCGCAAUUAUAUAAUUAAAUAUUAGAUUAUAUUCACGUGUACAGUUUUCAGUAGUUGGUUGUGAGUCAUGAAUUUACAAAAGGAUUCCAGAAUUUUGCUAAUAUUGUUAGUAAAAAAAGUCAACAUUUUCACAUAGACAACACUACUUUAAUGUCUAUGCUUUAUUUGUGACUUUUUAAGUGACAAUAUUCAUUAAAGUAAAAGGAACAUGAUAUUCGUUUCCUUGCAAAAACCGGUGUUUUCAUCGGGCUUACAGUCUGGCAAAAAAGAGUAGAAAUUAACA